AUGUCAGCCCUUCACAAAUUUCUAUUGGGAAGGUCCACAAAUAAUCUUUCAAGUGGGAUUGUCGGAUUAGCAAAUGUGGGUAAAUCAACCUUUUUCCAAGCCAUAACUAAUUCGAAAUUAGGUAAUCCUGCAAAUUAUCCGUUUGCAACAAUUGAACCUGAAGAGGCCAAAGUACAGAUUCCAUCAGAGAGGUUGAAUCAUUUGUUUAAAUUAUAUCAGAGCGAAAAGAAAAUACCUGCCACUAUAACCGUUUAUGAUAUUGCUGGACUUGUACGUGGUGCAUCGAGCGGCGAAGGCAUGGGAUCAGCUUUCUUAAAUGAUAUUAGGCACGUCGAUGGAAUUUAUCAGAUUGUUAGAGGGUUUGAAAAUACUGACAUAACUCAUAUUGAAGGCACAGUCAAUCCUGUAAGAGAUCUCUCCAUUGUGCAGGACGAGUUAGUACUGAAAGACUUGGAGUUUCUAGAAAACAUCAAGGAGAGGUUGGGCAAGAAAAUGAACAGAUUACCAAAGAAUUCAAAUGAUUUCUCUAAGAUGCAAGUAGAAGUGAAUUUACUAAACAAAUUAGAAGAGUUCCUUUACGAGGGAAGAAAAAUAAUACAUUUCAAGCAGGAGUGGACUCAAGAGGAAGUUUGUAUUUUGAAUAGGCAUAAUUUUUUAACAGCAAAGCCGUCCCUCAUUUUACUGAACGUUACACCAAAAGAUUAUCUAUUGCAGAGAAAUCAAUUUAUUGAUGAUGUCAAGAAAUGGCUGAAGGAGUAUUCACCGGAUGACGACGUUCUGCUUUUUAGCGCUGAAUUCGAAACAAUGUACAACAAGUUCAAAGAAAAUGAUGACGUCAAGGGAUUGAGUGAUUACUGUAAAAACAUUGUGGGGGAUGAUGAAUCCCCCAAGGUUGAAAGUUCUGCACUACCUGAUAUUAUCGUCAGAAUGCGCGAAGCUUUGGGAUUAGUCUCAUUUUUUACUUGUGGGCCUCAAGAGACAAGACAAUGGACCAUACGACAAGGUACCACUGCCCCGGAAGCUGCUGGUGUGAUUCACACAGACAUAAAGGAGACUUUCAUAAGUGCUAAUAUCAUUCAUUUCGACGAUAUAGCUUCCGUCGAACCCCCAUUACAGGAGUCCAACCUAAAAGCCCAGGGUAAAAUCAAGCGUGCUGGCAAACAAUACAUCAUGAAUGAUGGCGACAUUGCAGUCUUCAAAGCUGCUGGUGCUAAAACAAGAUGA